AUGAAGGGCACAUUCAUCCUCUCCGGCCUUUUGGCCUCCACAGUCUCUGCUCACAUGCAGCUGAGCAAGCCCUACCCCAUCCGCAGUCCCUUGAACAAGGACGCCAAAGGCGAGAAGGACUACUCAUAUACCAACCCUCUAUCAAGCUCCGGUAGUGACUACCCAUGCAAAGGCUACGCCAAGGAUGAAUUCAAUGCCGUCGAUACCUGGGCGCCGGGUUCAUCCCAGGAGAUGGAGCUCGAGGGCAGUGCCACCCAUGACGGUGGCUCAUGUCAGCUUUCCCUGACCUACGAUCAGGGUAAGACCUUCAAGGUCAUCCAGUCUAUUGAAGGAGACUGCCCCAUCGCCAAGAAGUACAAUUUUGAUAUUCCCUCCGAUGCCCCUACUGGUGAAGCCCUCUUUGCCUGGACCUGGUUCAACAAGGUCGGCAACCGCGAGAUGUACAUGAACUGUGCCAUGGUCAACAUCGGUGGCUCCGGUGGCCGUGCUGCCAAUGACACAAACGACUCCGAGGAGAAGGCUAUUUCCAGGAACAUGCCCGAGAUGGCUGCUGAUGGCAGUCCUGCUGACAAAAUUAAGUCAGCGAUCGCUAAGGGUAAGGCUCUGGCUAAGGGACAGAUCAAGCCGAAGGAUCACACGAAGCCUACGGAUCAGGCCAAGACUACAGAUCAGGCCAAACCUACGGAUCAAACCAAGCCUAAGGACCACACGAAACAAAGCAAGGCUGCCGAUACCAGCUACGACAGCCUCCCUGACAUGUUCAUCGCCAACGUCGAUCAGGCUGGCAAGUGUGUCACCAUCGAGGGCGAGCCCGUCAACUUCCCCAAGCCCGGUCCCAAUGUUCUCGGCAAGGCUGAUGGAAAGGGCUACAAGUGCUCUGGCACUGCUCCCUUCCUCGGCGAUGACGAGUCCAACACCACUAAGAACGCUACCAGCACCACCAAAAACAAGACCAGCACCACCAAGAACGCUACCAGCACCGCCAAAAACAAUACCAGUGCCACCGAGGACGCUACCAGCACCGACAAGAAGAUGUCCAAGAUUGCCUCUUCUUUCGGUACUGCCACUGCCACUGGUGGUGCCCGUACCCUCUCCACCGAGGCCUCCACCAACAACCAGUUCAGCUCUUACGUUGGUCAAUGGACUUGCACCUCUGGCGAGAUCCUCUGCUCUCCUGAUGGCAUGUCAUUCGCCUUGUGCAACUACGGCCGUCCGGUCUUCAUGGGCUCCGUUGCUGCUGGCACUUGGUGCCGCGGGGGUGCUAUCACUGCCAAAUAUUAA